UUCGACGAAUGUUGCUGAUGGUACUAGAUUGAUAAUAUUUGUAUCAGACUUUGUGGACUUCUUGACCAUUUAUUAUUGGUUGUGGGCUGUUAAACGAUAUAUGUCGAAGCAGAUAUAUGAAUGUAAGGCGGAUCAUAAUGUUGAUGACAAAAUGAGAGACAUUGAUGUUGAACAAUCCCAAGGUCGCGCAGUUGUAGUUGAUGGUAUCAAAGCGGGUGAUGAAAUCAAGGGUAUUGGUAGUGAGGUAGAACAUGAAAAGAUGAUAGGGCAUAUUAGUAAAUGUGAAAUACUUACUACAAGUAAGGACGAUCUAGAGAUUUCUUGUGAAAAUUGGUUAGAAAAGGUUCGAAAAUUAAAGUAUGAAGUUGGGGAUGUGUUGGUAAUUGGUAAAGAUUUGUACUUUGGGGAUGAAAGUACAGGGGGAUCUAGCUCAUAUCAUGGUGAAUUUCAGUACUCCAUGCAAUUG